AUGAGUUUGUCCUCAGCUUGUAUCACCUCACAUGGAGCAUUUCAUGCAAGCAUGGCAUAUUGCUAUAGCCAUGAGGAUGCUUUUAGAGGUCUCUGUGCAAUGGUGAAAGUGAACACAUCAGUGGAUUUAAGUUCACUUGUUUUCUUAUGUAGAGCCAUUUCUAGUUGGCAUCAAUUCCAAGCUUCAAUUUCUAGCAUGAGCAUCACCUACCUGGCUUGGCGUUUGAAGCUUCAAUUACCAGCAUGAGCAUCACCAAGCUCCAAUUCCCUUUCUACCUUUCACUUGCAGGUUGAUGAUUUGUCAAGAAUGUUCAGACUAUUUUCCAAGAAUACCCCAUGGAUUGGAUCCUGUCUCUUGUAUGUUUAAAAAG